AUGUCUCAGCCACCAUCUUAUUCUGAAUUGUAUGUUUAUGAUACAGAUAUUUCUCUUGAAGCACGAAUGUUAAAUUCUGCUAACGCCCAAUGCCUUUAUGAUAAAGAAUUAUCUGAGAGAAGAGCAGUUAAUUUACCUAUGAACAAAAUAUCAUUAAUUUUUAUUCGAAAUACCUAUGAUGAUCAAAGAACAUACAAUGCUCCUCGAAAUUCAGAUGAUGUUGGUGAUGGAAAUAUACCUGCUGAACUUGAUUUUUCAUUUCAAGCAAAUAAUUCCAAUACAUUAUAUUAUCAAAAUCCAGAUAAUAUAGUUGUUGAUAAUAUUACUGAUAUUUUAUGGAAAAAUCUUAAUAGUGAUCAACUUUUAGCUGCAGAUGCUAUAAUGAAAUGCGUCCAAAAUUCAAAUGUUCAAAAAUGUUUUUAUAUUGAUGGUCCAGGCGCAUGGACAGGAAUAGCAGCGAUUUUUUUGCCUGGAGGAAUGACGUGUCAUUCAGCAUUUAGUUUACCUUUAGAUUUAUCAAAAGUUAAAUUUCCUCGACUUUCUCAAUCUAAAAGAGAAAUUUUAAAAUCUUUAGAUUUGCUUAUCUGGGAUAAGGCACCCAUGGCACCUGGCACGGCGCUUGAAAUUGUUGAUUUGGUUUUCCAAGAUUUGAUGGAUAACAAACUUCCUUUUGGAGGAAAAGUUAUUAUUUUAGGUGGCGAUUUUCGUCAAGUUUUACCCGUUGUACGAAAAGGUUCUCGGGGCACUGUUAUCAAAAGUACAAUUAAAAAGUCUAUUUUAUGGCAAUACUUUCAAACCUUUAAACUAGAGCGGAAUAUGCGAGCUAUUACUGAUCCGGACUUUAGUCAAUGGCUUUUAAACGUAGGUAAAGUACCAAAUUCGUUUUUGUCAAAUAAUAUAGUAACAGAUAUUUUUGGAACAAGUUUUACAUGUACUGAUGUACAAAAUAUUUCUCAACGUGCAAUUCUUUGCCCUAAAAACGAACAUGUACGGUUAAUCAAUGAAAAUGUUUUGGCUCUUUUACAAAAUUCUGAAAAAAUAACUUUCAAUGCGAUUGGUUCCGUGAAAAAUAAUGAUGGCUCUGAAAAUGAUAAUUUACAAGUAAAUAUUCCAGUAGAAUAUUUGAAUAGCUUAAAUCCUCCUAUGGAUUGCCCCCAUUUAAAUUAA